UGCCGUCAAUGCGGAGCGAGUAUGCGGCAUGCGCCAUGCGGAGGGCAGUGCGCGCGCAGCCCGCGCCGUGCCGCCAAUAACCCGCUGGAAGCCGCCGAGCGCGCGCCUCUCGCUCGCCUUAUCGACGUGAACACGCGAAAACACCCCAAACACACCACGCUGGAAACCUUCCUAAUUAUGUUGUGAUCAUACCAAAAUUUGUGACAACAUUUUAUUACGUACGCCUCUUGCCGAGCGCACUGAGGCUUUACAACGUUGCAGUCCUUAUCAGCGGCACACGCUUUUUAUAUGUUUACCCGGGGAUCGCAGAGAUUCUACUACACGGAUUCGGAUGCAAAGUUCACUGGUGUAUGGCUGAGAGUUCCGGAUAUGUUCCGGCUCGACACUACGUCAGGCAACCUAGCCAGAGAUGCGAAGAUGAUAGUUGUAUGAGAGCAAUGGUGGGCGCCGAAGCGCAAGCGCGCGCGUCGGUCGGGUAGCGCUGAGAAUGUGGGCGCGAGUGGCGCGCGCGCUGCGUCGCGGGGCGCUGCUCGUGCUGCUGGUGCUCACGGCGCUGGCGCUACUGCUGCUGCCGCGCCCCCAACCGCUGCGGACCGCGCCCUCCGCGCGCCUGCCCUCUCCGACGCCGACCCACGCCCCUCAACAAAUUGUAGUAGCAGAAAAGGAAGAAGAGUUGCAAACGCAUGAUGGCGAGAAGACUCGACGGCCAUGGUACAUGCGGGGCGGUGAUCUGAGGCCUACCCUUACUAACGCGGCGGAAGCAAAACUUUUUCCAGAGGAUGCCUCCGGGGACGAUAGGAUCGUCGACCAGCUGAUGUACACUCUGCCGAAAAACGAAGUAGUACCGAUAAAGAAAAUUUUAUUGGCGAACGGUUUGGGUGCAUGGGGAGCUUUAGGCGGGCGCACGGAAUUCAUCAGGAACAAGUGUCCCGUGGACCGUUGCACGCUCACCGCGGACUCACGGGACGCCGGUAUUGCUGACGCCAUCUUGUUCAAAGACAACCACACACCAUUUAACGUCAGGCGUCCCCCUAAUCAGAUCUGGAUCCUGUACUAUUUGGAGUGUCCAUACCACACGGCGUCUCUAAGGCCGACAUCGCUGGAUGUAUUUAAUUGGACAGCAACGUAUCGCAGAGAUUCAGACAUUGUAGCCCCGUAUGAGCGGUGGGUGUACCAUGACCCGAAAGUUACUGAGAAGGAGCUGGACAGAAACUACGCGGCUAACAAAACUAAAAAGGUGGCGUGGUUCGUAUCGAACUGUCAUGCGCGGAACCGGCGGUUGCAGUAUGCGCGUGCACUCAGCAAGUUUAUCCCCGUCGAUAUUUACGGAGCGUGUGGCUCGCUUCACUGUCCCCGAGCCGACCCAAACUGCUUAGAAAUGCUCGAUAGGGACUACAAAUUCUACCUAGCAUUUGAAAACUCUAACUGCCGGGAUUAUGUCACUGAAAAGUUUUUUGUUAAUGGAUUGCAGCACGACGUGCUGCCGGUGGUGAUGGGCGCACGGCCGGAGGAGUACGCAGCCGUGGCACCGCACAACUCGUACGUGCACAUCGAGGAGUUCGCGGGCGCCGAGGAGCUCGCCGCCUACCUGCGCCGCCUCGACGAGGACGACGUGCUCUACAACUCAUACUUUAAGUGGAAGGGUACGGGUGAGUUCAUAAACACGUACUUCUUCUGCCGUAUAUGUGCCAUGGUGCACGCCAACGACCGCCGGCAGCGCAGCGCACACUACACGGACGUGCAGGCGUGGUGGCGCGAGGGCACUUGCACGCGCGGCGAGUGGCGCGCCAUGGCCCGCGACAACGGCUAGGACAGCGAACCUCCGCGCCUGCGCGGGGCUCGGCGUCCGGUGCCCGCCCCGCACGCACUGCCCGGUGAGGCCACACCCCACCAACAGGCGCGGAGGUCUACCUCUACGGCUAAACUUGGACAGCGGUCACUCGAAUACCCUCCCAACGCUAACACAACCUUAUCGUAUCAUGAAGCGAAACAGAGGCAUCAUUUAUUUUUUUAUAAUCAAGAGACGAGCACUAAUAUACUAUGAUACCGCUGUUUCCGUUUUCCCUUAGCAAGAUUAUAAAAAGAGAUGGGCCGAUUACAGGUUAGGCCGACUAGCUGACUGGCCGAUUAAGCAGCCCUAGAAAGCCGACUAGUCGGUUACUUGUCCAGCUAGUAAGUAGGCACUGUGUAGGAAAAUAUAGUCUCUAAAGUUGAAACAAUGUAUACCAAACUAUGCAGAACAAACUCAAACUCACGAGUUUUAUAUCAGGUACAUGAUUGAUGUCCAUCCAAAUCGGGCCAUCGGAACACACCAGCUUCACAAAUAUCUACCGUCGAGCCGACGGAUCUCCGAACACAAUACACCAGCAAUUAUUAUUGUCGUUGACAAAAUGGUUAGGUAUCAUAUUUUACUGGUGUUCGUCACUCAUAAUGUAGUAGGUAUUUCUUUCGUGCUGAUUUGUUGAUUGUUAAUAUUGUGGAAUUAUUUUAAACACAGAGAUUUUCUACGUUACGAAGCUAACUUAUUUAAAGCCGAUUAGUCACAUACAAAUAGUAGUACUCGACUAAGUAGUAAUCGACUAUGAUAUAGGCCGACUAGUCCGCUUUCCCGUGUAGUCGGUGCAUCUCUAAUUAUAAGCCUUGAAUUGUUAAGUUUACUUGGUGCACGCUAACGGUGUGCGGUGCAGAGUUUACAUAAAUAUUCUAAACAAACAAUAGCAAUACUAAUCGAACACCAACAAACAGCCUUAAUAUUAGACAACAAAAAUAAUUACCUACUUACCUACGAUAGAUUUAAUUAAAAAAAAAUCAUUCAUCAACAAUCUUGUAACAUUCCACAGAUAUACAUGCAACAGAUAAUAAAAAAUACAUAGUAGUUGCAUAAACAUAGUUACCAUCCAUUGAUAUAAAAUGUAUAAAAAUGUUCAUUAUAGAUAGUAACGUAACUUUUAGUGCAAUAAGUGUUAUUGCAAUAAAAAGGGCAAUGGAAUAUUAAUGAAUCGAAUUUUUAUAUAAUUUAAUAAGUAGUCACAAGAAGCACAAAUAUUAAUUCACAAGUAUUAAAGUGAAUUAUGUGGUGCCCGAAUAGUGAACGCGACCUGAGACUUGACUGCAAUCAUUUUUUUUAAUAAUGUGGUACUGAUUCGUAAAAAGCUAGAUGCAUUAUUUUCAUAAGUGCUUAGUUCUUGUAUAGGUAGAGUAAAGAUUACGAGUGUCUCGGGUGUGUACUAAGUAGUCAGUCGGGCGGGCGAGAUUCGCGGCCACCCCGACGACCGACGCUGCGCCGGCGGCGCGGCGGCGCAGGCGCACGGCGGAGGCACGUCCAUGCGGGCUGGCAGUAGUGUGACUGUACGUAGAUAAGUAGAGCAUGUGGGCUUGCUUAGUUAUUGUGAACGCAUAGAACACAUUCCGACUUGUCGAGAAUUUUAAUUUAAGCUCAAGUGUCUAGUCAUGACGCCAAUAAAUGAGCACAAACAAUUUUAUACGCAUAUUUAACAUUUACAUCAUAGAGUUACAUUUACAAUUAUAAUUCUUUGUUAAAUAUUUAUAUUAUUUUAUUAAGAUAACUUGCACAAAGUACCUAAGUAACUAGGUACCAAAGUUUACCGAUAUGGUUCUACUUACGGCAGGUAUAAUUUUAAUUGUUAACAUAUCAUUCGCAUUUUGUAUAGGUAUUCUAAUUACUAUUUAUUUUUAAGCUUUUUGAAACUUGAGCUUUAUUAAGUACUAUGUUAUCGACGUGUGAUUUGAAUAUUAAGGUAUCUUACUUGCGCCCUAAAGGACCCCCUUUAUUAUAAUCCUUAUAAGUUGAAAAUGUAAAGAUAUUUCGUGAAUUGCGAAUAAGAGUAGAUUUCCUAAUUAGAACCGGGUAUUAAUACGAACUUAUUUUGCGACCCUUAUUAGUAUUUCUUUUAAGCAUGUCAUUACAUUUCAAAGCAAAAAAUAUCUAUUAAGUAAGUACUUACAUAAAACAAAACUUCUAACAAUAUUAUAAAAGUUUAUAAUAAAUAUUUUUUUUUACCAAAACGCACCACCAAAAUAAACAAAAAGAUGGCGCAUCAAUUUUAUAAAAUGAUCUUUCAGUCUGUUGCUUGACACCAACUCAAAUCUAUUGUCAAAAUGGGGGUAUUGUAUUGUACUUGAGCAAGUAGCGCGACUGCAUUUUGUCUAUGGGUAGUUUAGGAUAUCGCGUGGGAAAAUUGCAGUUUUGAAAAUGGCAAAUGUGAGUUUUCCCACAUGGUCAUUAUUAGGAGCCAGCCCUUAUAGGGUGCAAGUACCUUAUUAAUUAUUAUUUUGUUGGGCCAAGUUGAUUGUUUUGAAAUGUUGUUAGGUACAUAAGAUUUGAAUGAGUGUAGGUACGAAGUUUUAUUGAAGUUUCUGUAAUUACUUUAAGAUCUGCAAUCAGAUCAUUAAUCGAAAUUCAAAAUGUUUUUAUCACUGGUUUUAAUCAGGGUGUUAAUUAAUUGUUUACCCACGUGCAUGUUUUAUACUGGUGUAUGUUAAUUAUGUGUGUUGCUCUGUCGCGGGGCCAUAGAGACGAUAUACAUAUUUUAAUGUGCAUACUACAUGUAGUGCAUGUGAACUUAUGUGUACGUACGUGUGUAAGAAAGAAAAAAACUAAUUAAAGUGGCCCUGCUGCAGAACAUGCUCCCCAGCAGGGCCACUCAGUAUGCGUAGGUACGUUUCAAUGUUUUCAUUCUCUAAAUUUACGAACAGAUCGACGUAUGAGUACGUAUUACGUACAGAUUCUACGUGAAAAUAAUGUACGCGUACAUACUGCAGUAAGAAUGAAUAAAACUAAUGAAAGUGGCCCAGCUGCACAGCACACUAUCCAACUGGGCCACUCGGUAUACAUAGUUCUCGAUGUUUUCAACUGAAUUGGAAGUGAUGGCCCCGCCACAGAACAUCACACUUAUUUAUUUAUAUAAUUAUAAAAUUCAUUUACAUGAUGUGUUUGUACUGUAGGUACACUUUAAAUUUUACAUUGUAAAACACUUAAAUCGACAUUUGUUUGUUGCACUUAAAGGUAACUUUAACAAGUUUUUUCGAUAUCUAUGAUACUAAACACCAAUAUAAUAGGUAAUACAAUAUUAUGAUUAAAUGGACCUCAUAAAUGGAAAGUAUUUAUGAUAUAUUGUUUAAGUUCCCCGCAGCCUAGCUCGCGAGGUUAGAUUAGGUACUCUUGCUACCGGAAUUCCUCUUAUUAUGGUAAAAAUAAAUCGCUCCAUAUAACGCCUUGAUAUCUAAUGAAAAUUGAAAUUAGUUUCAAAAUGAUAAACUUAAAUACUACAAAGCUAACUUGUAAGAAAAUUACUUUGUAAUAUAUUUUAGGUAUGGGGUUCACUUUUUAUAUUACAGUUUUAGUGCCCGAUAAUAUUCGGAUCAUAAUGAGUUAAUUUAAUUAAUCUAACCAGUUGUGUUAUCAAGUAUUAACUCUGGUGUUGACAAGAGUCUGUCACGUUAAAAGUUGUGUACUUAAUCAAUUAUUAACAGAACAUGUUAUUAAAAUAAUCUUAUAAUAUAACUUUCAAAGUUCCGUCAACACCGGAGAGCGAUCAUCUUAUGAAGUCGAUAUAGUUUAUCAUGGUAAGAAUGACUGAAGCUGAGAAGAAAUAAAUGUUGUGUCAUAAACAUAAAUAGGUAAGCAACACACAACUUAUUUUUAUACAGUUAAAAAAUGAACCCUAUAUUAUCAUAAGGAACGUGUAAAGCCCGACCAAAACAGUAAUGAUCCUCGCAAUGUUGAAAUCACACAAACUAUUUUUCUAUGACAACAUGCUUACACAGAAUUAUAAAUUAGUGCCCCCACGAGAGGGUUUUUAAGUUUUGAUCGGGCUGUAUAAUGUAAGAAGUACCGUACCUACCUAUUGUUGUUGUUUUUAUUUUUGUGUCGUCCAGUAGUUAGAGCGACGCGGAUGAGGCGCACGCUGACGCAUACCAUUUGCUCUUUUAAUAAAACUUAGGCGGGUCGUUCUUCUUUUUUAUCGACAAUAAAAAUACAUUUCCGCGGUAUUUCGGAUUUAACAUCUUUAAAAUUAUAACGGCAAUAAAUAUAUUAAAACAUCAUAUAAAUAUGUAUCUGUAGAGGACUAUUUAAUGUUUCUUUAUCUUAGUAACAUACUUUUCUUUGCAGGGGCAUUCCAAAAUAUAUUGUAACAGAGUGGCCUUCUUCAUCGGAGACAGCAUUUUCGAUUUAGCACUCUGUGACAGAAUUUUGUGAAAACAAUCAAGCUACGUUAAUCACUAAUGGAGGAACCGAUUAGUAUAUUUUGCUAGUAUUUUGAGUAAAUAUAAUAAGAUACCUAACUAUAUUUUUGGACAAUGGAAAGAUUAAAUAAUAUUUUAAAACAUAUAACUUAUCAGAACGACGGAUAGAUCAUUGUCGAUAAAAAAGAAUAACGACCCAGGCUCCAAAUAUAGAAAUAGCUAGAUAUCCCCUCUCAAUGAAUAUUCUAAAAUAUUGUAACGUGACAUGUUAAGGUAUGGCGCCGCUUUAUGUCGAGUUGCCCGAAUAAUGCCAAACUGACAAUUAUACCUAAUAUAAAUAACUAUACUGAUUAUUAGAAGUACCUAUUGCGAGUCUGUUACGUAAAUCCAUUAUGGCCUUAUCGCAUUACAAAUUGUAUCACACAGUCUACAUAGUCAAAGUUUUAAUAAAAAUACAUGUUUCGUUAUAAA